GCAGACGAACUUUUCACGGAUUUCAGUAUUCAGUUAGACUUUGGUCGUAAUUCCAAAAAGAUCUCUAUAGUGACUGGUUAAAAUAUAUCUGUUACUGAUUUAAGAUAUAUCUUAUUUUCGGCAAUCUUAAGUAAAAUGCCUCAGAGUUUCUACGAACCCGAACAGUUAGUGGUAGAUACGAGGCCAUGCAGCGCCUUGCGCGAAGACUUGAAGUUCUGUAUUCAGAACACAGAUUGCUUCAAAAAGGAAAAGAAAACACCCCGCCAAUGCCUCUUAGAAAAUCAUCCAUCCGUUCCUGCUGAGUGUCAUCAACUUAGGCAGUCAUUCUUUGAAUGCAAACGUUCUAUUCUUGAUAAUAGGCAAAGGUUUCGAGGAAGGAAAGAAUAUUCUGCUUCAACACCAAAGUCUUGAAGAGUUUCAAUUUUCAAGUGUGGAGAAUUUCUAGCAUUGGUAAACAAAUGCAGAAUUGCAACCCCAUGAUAAUUGAUGAACAAUGAUUAAAAAGGCUCAUACAAAACACUUUUGUGGCAUUCUAUAGUUUAUGAAUAAUGUAGCCUACAGUGGUGAAUCAUAAAGAAUAAAGAUUGAAUAUGUUGAAA